UUCACAAGACUCUGACCCGAUGAAGAGCUUGGCCCUGUUUAUGGAAGAACGAUCAUUUUUAGUGUCCGUACAGUUCUUUAUUUCACAUUGGGAAUCUUUAUUCAUGUAAGACUUUCAAUAAUUUCAUGUUUAGGGCGGUGAGUUGUUCAGGGGCUCAAAAAAAGCUGGCCCUAAAAUGCCAAAGAAUUCACGCUGUGAAAUACCGAAAACGGAAUUAUCGGCUCUCAUGUAAAGUCAAAUCGGUUUGAUUGGGGCUUUAAAAAAAAGAAGAAAAAAAAAGACGCGAAUUGGGAAAAAAAAUUGGGGAUAAAAUAUCCGGAGGUUCUAAACAGAAGAAGUCGUAACGGAGUCCGUGUGUCGGUGGUAUUUUAUAAGAUUGCGUCCUAAGCCAUGGGGGCAUUUUUGGACAAGCCGAAAACGGAGAAGCACAAUGCCCACGGCGCAGGUAACGGCCUGCGUUUUGGUCUGAGCAGCAUGCAGGGCUGGCGGGUGGAGAUGGAGGACGCUCACACGGCAGUGGUGGGCCUCCCUCAUGGCCUGGAUGACUGGUCCUUCUUUGCCGUUUAUGACGGGCAUGCUGGUUCACGUGUGGCCAACUACUGCUCAAAACACCUACUGGAGCACAUUAUCAGCAGCAGCGAGGACUUCCGGCCUGGUCGUGACUCGGUGGAGGGUGUGAAGAGUGGAAUUCGCUCGGGCUUUCUGAAGAUAGAUGAGUACAUGCGCAACUUUUCCGAGCUGCGCAAUGGUAUGGACCGUAGUGGCUCAACGGCUGUGGGCGUACUGCUCUCGCCUGAGCACCUCUAUUUCAUCAACUGCGGCGACUCUCGUGCUUUGUUGUGCCGUGCUGGCCAGGUGCGCUUCUCCACUCAGGACCACAAGCCCUGCAACCCCCGUGAGAAGGAGCGCAUCCAGAACGCAGGCGGCUCCGUUAUGAUCCAGCGCGUCAACGGUUCCCUCGCAGUGUCGCGCGCCCUUGGUGACUACGACUACAAGUGUGUGGAUGGAAAAGGACCCACAGAGCAGCUGGUGUCACCUGAACCAGAGGUGUUUGAGAUUCCUCGUGUUCCAGAUGAGGAUGAGUUUGUGGUGCUGGCUUGCGAUGGCAUCUGGGACGUCAUGAGCAAUGAGGAGCUGUGUGAAUUUGUGCGCUCCCGUCUGGAGGUGUGCGAUGACCUAGAGAAAGUCUGCAACUCUGUGGUGGAUACGUGUCUACACAAAGGUAGUCGUGACAACAUGAGUGUUGUGCUGGUGUGUUUGCCCAAUGCACCCAAGAUAUCGGAGGAGGCAGUGAAGAGAGAGGCAGAGCUGGACAAGUUUCUGGAGUCUCAUGUUGAGGAGAUCAUGGAGAAGUCAGGAGAAGAAGCAGCCCUGGACCUGGCUUGUGUCAUGCGCAGUCUCUCUGCUGAGAACAUCCCAAAUUUACCACCAGGAGGUGGUCUUGCGAGCAAACGCAGUGUAAUUGAGGCCGUGUACAACAGGCUUAACCCACAUAGAGAUGAUGAUGGGGUUCCGUCACAUUUCCUGUGAGGUACCUGGUUGUAUUGAAACAGCAUUGUGAGGAGUGGAGGUGACCUGGAUGAUCCGUGGUAGCCAGAGACGCCUACGACUGCAGUCUUCACACAAGAAUGUCCUCAGUUCACGCAAAAAGAAAAUCUUUACUCUCACUUUUUGGUUUUGAUUCUGAGAGAUUCAUAGGGAAUAUUCAAAGCCUGGAACGAAAACACAAAUGCAUCAAAAGUUCUUUCGACAAUGAGGAAUCUACAGAAAUGGCAAGAUUUUUGUUUUUUAAAUUUUAGAACUGUACCAUUGUAUGGUAGAGAGAAAUAAUUUCACUUUUUGUUCUGUGAUUAUUUUAUAUAUAUAUUUUUUGGUCCCCUUUCCGCUGUAAGUUAACAGAGUGAUGACGAGACUGAGGAUUUGUGGCUUUAUGAGCUGUAGGAGAGGCUCUGGACAUGAUGGCUGGUGGACAGACUGCAGCACCAGCGAGAGCUCUGAGAGGGAGAGGCAAGGUGUUUGGACCUCUCGGUGAUGCAGGGUGCUCUAGCAUGAUGAGCUUCACCUGUCUCAUACACGACUCUCCUCUUCACUCUACGCAUGCACAGCUUUCCAGGGACAUGACCAAUAGGCAUUACUUAUUUCAGAGUGUUCACCAUGUUCAGCCACCACCUCGACUUAAACCCUGCAUUUACACUCUUCUCUGAUUUUUUUUUUCCUCUCGUUUGUCAUCCUGCUGCUUGAAUAUCCUUAUAUAUCUUUUUUGCAUUUUGUUAGCAGUUAUAUUUUUGUCAGAUGCUAGUUUUGGUGCUUACCAUAAAACAACAGAGUAGUAGCUCUCAUUAGAACAAGUGUUAACUAGGACAUGUGCACUCAGCAGCUUGAGGGGAAAAAGAACUACUGUAGGGAGCGUAAAUAUGGUGAAGUUUUGGGUGGUCUUGCGCGCUGACCUUCCACUUCCUGUGGCACUCGUGAUGAAACGGCGCUUCACAAUCCAGUUCUAAAAGGCCCUCAGCUGAAUUCAGAAUUUUUAUGACCUUCUGCAGUCUUUGAUUUAAAUCUGUUUUAAUAAGUGAAAUCUAUUUUUGUGCAGUAGAUUUAGAAAAAGUUGGGGAUCCAGAAGAACUGGCUUCAAAACCUCUCCUUUAAAACCUUCAGAUCUUUUCUCUUUGCUCGUCCUCUCAUUUCUCUACUUGUGGUCCUGACUUGUGGCUUGCCUUCUGAAUUUUUCUCUAAAAACAGUGUACUAUGUAGAACCAUUUAACACAAUACAUUUUAACUUAAUUUUUAAACAAUUCUGCAUUUUAAAGCUUUUUAUUAAAGCUUUUUUUUUUUUUUUCAGUAUGAUCUAUGGUAUAAUUGGUAUUAUUUGCAGUUAGAUUUGGUUAUAGGGGAAUAGCAUGACUUUAACUCAAGUAAUUGAGACGGUUGAGGUUGGUGAAGUAUUUCUAAAGCAAAACCGCUUAACUGCAUGCAUGCAUAUGAUAUUGUGAUGUUUGCCAGGACAACAGCGCGCAAACACUACUCCAGUAGGUACUGGAAUUUUUCAUGGGUGAAUCUUUUUCCCUUCUCCUCCACCCCUUUCUUAUUUCUUGCCCCCUCUCCCCUCCAUUUUGUGUCCAGCAGUGGGUUGACAGUUAUUUAACUUAACAGUAUUUUUAGUUUCCCAUGUUAAUCUGUGCCUGUGAGAAUGACUGGAAGAUCCUUGGCAUUAAGGGUUUACUUAGAGGACAUUUGGCUAUGGAUGAAUGUACCACUUGUUUACACAAACAUGCAUGUAUAGUUUUGAACAACUUCCUUGUUGCUCAUGCCUUUCAUGCAUAUGUACAAGUACCAAGGUAUCCUGAUUUUAAAAAUAUUCAUCCCUGGACACGGGUGACAUUAAAGGAAAAAUCAGUGGGUCUGUUGUACUGCGGAGGGCAUUUUGCUGGUAUGAAAGAUGAAACGUUUCUGUCCUGAUGGGUGUGGUUAAUUCAGGAGUGACUCCGACCCAUCCACAGGGCACGAGUGUGAAAAAGAUGGAAAUCUCAUGCUCUGGCCUUCACAGUAAGCAGAUCACUGUGAAAAAGCACUGAUCGAGGUCAUAUCUUUCUGUAAGAAUGUUGUUCAUCUCUCCAGUACAGUUUCAGAGAGACGGAGAAUCUGUGCCAAGGCGUAUUGAAGCUGUUUUGGCAGAUUGAGGUGGCCCAGCACUUAGUUUUUCCCUUUAGUUUCUCACCCGUCUGGGUAAUAAUCAGGCUAUCUUGAUACACAUUUGUCAUAUAUGCUCAUUUGAGCUAAAUGUUUUUCCACCCAACAGAAACUAUGGUCUAUAUUCAAGGCCUUUCUAAAAAAUGUUUUCUUUCCCCUCCCUACUGAUUUUUCCACUGACCUCACCUGACCUGGUGUGCAGCUUUAAAAUGUGUGUUGUUCGAUCGGAGAAUAUUGUUAAUGUGUAUGUGUGUCUCAUAUAUAUAUAUAUAUAUAUAUAUAUAUAUAUAUAUAUAUAUAUAUAUAUAAAAUAUAAUUUAAUUUGCAGUUUUAUUUCCCACUGGUACAAAUAAAUUGUAGCCAUAUGCUGGAAAGCUUAAUUUUAUGAUGGUUAAAGCAAGGAAAUAAAUUUACUAAUUGAAAUAGUAAAAGAUAUAUAUAUUUUGUGCUGUGGGUGCUCAUGGACAGGCACCCUAUGUUUUUGUAUAUCUACAAUGAUGACUAGAUUGAUUUGUUGCGACAGAUUUUAUUUAUUCAGAAGAUGUGGUUUUAUGAGAUGUGCUUUGUGAGAGGAGUCGGGAAGGGGGAGAUUGCUGGCCCAAUCUGUUUUUGAGAUUGUGAUAGAAGGCUGUCUCACUACUUUUUUUUUUCUCUCAGUCUAUUAAUCUCUUGCACUCUUUCUCAUGCCCACAUUCUCUCUUCCUCCCUCAGUCCAUCUCUCUGACCCUCUCGAUCCACCUGCUAACAUCCGUGUAAUUAUAGUCCCCAGUACAAUGUUGUGUUUCAUUAGGAUACAGUGAACAUGAUCUGUUAUCAAUAAAGGAUUGUUAAAGGUU